AUGGAAGACUCACUGCCUGAGAUCACAUUACGCCAGAUAUUCAGGCUGAUACAAGAUGAUGAACUGGACAUUGUUUGUCUUCAACUCACUUGCAAGCGAUUCAAUAGAGUGGUGCAAAGGAUGAGACUGUUCUCAACGUAUCCAAUGCCAUUGGUGUUCACCAUCCCAGAUGAACCAACUCUAAUAUCAGCCGUAACAGAGUCCACUGCCCUAUCAAUGUUGAUCAAGAAGGAGCUUGAAGCCGACCAGCAGCAGCUCAACCUCAGCCAAUUCCUCAGGACAAGUAGUGGCAGGAGACAUAUGACUCAACAAGCAUCAGCAUCAUCAACUACGACAUCAACAUCGAGACCAGCCCCAUGGACUCUGUGCGAGGCCUUCACAUAUAAGUCUGCGCCUCAAGUUGUGGACACAUUCUUAUAUACUUCAUUCUCACAACCAGAUGAGGAUACACUUCCAGUCACAUUAACAUCACUUACAUUCAGUGAGCGUUAUAACAAGGAUUUGAUCCCAGGUACACUUCCAAUAUCUUUGACAUCACUGACCUUUGGUGAUAUGUUCAACAAGCCCUUAAUACCGGGAACACUCCCGCCCGCGCUCAAGUCGUUGGCGUUUGGAUGUGUGUACGACAAACCGAUCGCACCAGAUAUACUUCCAUCAUCGCUGACCUCACUCAAGUUUGGAUAUUACUUCAACAAGGACAUCACGCUUGGAUCGCUACCCGAGUCCCUCGCCACACUGGUCUUUGGAUCUUGCUUCAAUCGCGUGGUGACGCCCGGCACACUCCCAUCUAGCAUCACAACACUGAUCUUUGGUCACUCAUUUGGUCGCGCUCAGACCAAUCCGACGAUUGAGUUGCGGUCACUUCCAGACUCGCUCACAACACUGGAGUUUGGAUACAUGUUCAAUCAACCGCUUCAGCCAAUGAUGCUGCCCGGCCGCAUCAGGACAUUGAUAUUCGGACACAAGUACAACAGACCUUUGACCAGUGGCGUACUCCCGGCAUCACUCUACGAGCUAACGUUGGGCUUUGACUAUGACCAACCUGUGAGCCAGGUGGCGUUCCCUAGCAUGCUCACAUCAUUGAUCGUCAAACACAUUGGACAGAGGCGAUAUCUUGAGUGCCAGCCUCAUGCCAUCGAGCGACUAUGCAUUAUGCGACAGAUCAUUGCGUUUGACCCGGCAUCGACGGACAAUGUUACACCGCCCAGUUUGAUAGAGGUGACUGUGACCUCGCAUGUAUUGUACAUUGACACGCCAGACAAGAUGACAGAGAUGCUUCGACGACUACUGCGCAUGUUCCCAGGCGUGCCAACAUAUGUCCUAUUCAUCCAGGACACAUUGUAUCGCAGUUUGAUGAAGCUAAAGUAUCGAGUUGAUCGUGAACAACAUAUGGCCGUGUCUACACUACGCCACCUACUCAUGCCAGAUAUAUUCUUUGACAUUGUAAAUAUGGACCUUUCUGCGGCUACGGUGGCGAUGACAGCAUCUUCCUCCUCAACGACAAUAACAACAAAGACAACAAAGAGUUCACGGUCCAAGCAAAAGGGCUCAAUGGCAGACUCUGUCACGAGGACCAAGCACAAGCCCCGUCUCGGAUUCAUUAGUCUAUUUGGCAAGAAAAAGAAGAGUAGAGUACAACCUCCAUUACAG